UGUCGAGUCGGUCUGAUCUCUGUGUUGUUUUCACUCAUGUGCGAACCUGUUUGCUUGUUUUUACUCGAAAGCUUUUCACAUGUAACGCGUUUUUAAUGCGUGCAGCCUCACGGUUCGUGGACGAGCUUUUCCCGGUGAAGUUUUGAGUGUAUUUUGCACAACCUACCUGAGUUGUGUGUCUCUUCCCUGCACGCCUGCUCUCCUCUCCACCAUGGAUUUGGUUUGGAUUGUGGGACUCGUUGUGAGCGUCUGCGCCUGGUGUGUUUCCGCGGAGCGACACAGCGUCUACUGGAACAGCACGAAUCCAAAAUUUCUAUGGGAUGACUACGCUGUGGAAGUGAAGCUCAAUGACUACUUGGACAUCGUCUGCCCACAUUACCCCCAGGGCGAAGUACCGUUGCUGGAUGCCGAGCGCUACGUGCUCUACAUGGUGGAAAGAGAGGACUUCGAAACCUGCAAGCCACAAUCAUAUGACCAGAUGCGCUGGGAGUGUGGGCAUCCGUUUGCUCCUCACGCACCGGAAAAGUUCUCAGAAAAGUUUCAGCGAUUUACUCCGUUCACUCUUGGGAAGGAGUUCCGCCAAGGAGAAAGCUACUAUUAUAUCUCUAAACCUUUGCACCAUCACGGUCAGGAGUGCCUCAGGCUGAGGGUGGACGUUAUAGCUGCUGAUGGCUCUCAGGAGGCAAGAGUAGCUAAAGGAGGCACAGGUGGGACUGGAGUUGGAGCUGAGGGUGGGGCCCACAACCCCUCCAACAGACUGCCUGCAGCAGAUGACCCAGUAGUGAUCCUACCUGACGUCCAGAAGAGCGUACGGACAAACUCUGCAGUCGCAGCAACGUCCCUGUCGAUCCUCUCGCUGCUGGUCCCCUUUUCAUUACUGCUAUUGUUGCACUGAGAGGACAAGAAAGGACUGCAGUUGGCAGACGUUCUUAUAUUUUCAGGGACUACAAUGAAGACAGUCCGUGGGGAUGAAACCACUGACUCAAAAAGACAGUUUUCUGUGCCCAGUGCUGGCCACAGGGAGAGACUUUUGAAGCUUGUAAAGUACAGCUGGACUCUCUUGCACUACACGUGCUGAGCAACUCCUGAGCAUUUGAGACAAAGUAUGUGGGCUUUGUCCUAUUUUUUUAAGGUGAUAGUGCUUGGAACAACCAUUUUUGUAGUGCUUUCUUCAAAAAAACACAAACCUCUUUGGACUAAACCCUUGAAGAAACAAUGAAGACGAAGAAGAAGAACUUAAAGGCCGAAGAACAAUCAAAAGGAGCUCUGAGUUAUGUUGAUGCAGGGUUUAAUUGGAAACGUUUUCUUGUACCCUUUGAGCCAAAGAUCAGUCAUCUCUCCAACUUGUACACUAAUCCACCCUUGAGUAUUGUGUACUAUUUGUUGUAUUGUUCUUGUAAUGGUAUUGAGUGGCAUUGAUGUCCCAAGUGAUUACUUUCUUUAAAUGUAGCAUUGACAGACACACGAGGCUGUUCGCAUUUCAACCAUUCCUUCCAAACUCGACCAUGUGCUUAAAUACUGUAGCACUAAAACUGCACAGUACUCACACGCCAUCAUACACUCCACCAGACACGUACACUGACGUCAGAUGACAUGCAAACACACCACAUUGAACUGUGUUAUGUGUACAUUCUGUGAAGAUAAUUUAUGACUUUUGCAGCUGAGAAGUUUUACUGUAUAUACCGUAAAAGAAAUGUUUACCGUUGGCAACAGGGAGAGCUUUUUUUCUCUCUCUCCUGGUAGAGUUAGUACUUGUGUGAAAGAGGAAAAUGUGUGAAAGCAAGUUAGUGAUUGAUUGAAAGAGUGAUGAGACAAACUGUUUUUCUGCCAAAAGCAAACACUGAGAUGUUGUGCAUUCCUGCAGAGGGGCUGGCCUCCUCUGUUUGUUGAAUCUCGCCCCUGUUCUGGUUAAACUGUCUGACAAGAAGAGCUGGGAUCAAAUAUUUUCUUCUACAGGACCCUGCCUGUAUUUCAUGGUGCUUUCAUUUGUAGUUUAAAGCUCAAUUAGGAAAAAAAUCUCUUAAAAUGAGUUCCAGUAAUCAGCUCUUUAGAUGUUCAGAAUAAUUUUCCCUUAUUUUGUUGAUUUUGAAUUGUUAAAGUCAUUUUUUUCACGCAGACAGGACACGGCAUCACACCGAGUUGCCAAGCACACCUUCACCUGACAGGCUGGCUUGAUCAGCAGAGCACAACAGUGUAUGACUACCAUUGAAGUCAGUCGUUUUUUAUCUGAAUUCUUGUUACCUAAUUUUGUACAUGUGUAAGUAAGAGAAGUGUAUAAUAUGUAUAUGUAUAUAUAUACAUAGAAGAUUAUAUAAAAGACCUUGUUUGAUAAAUAUGCUAAAUGUGAAAAUUUCAUGUGAAUUAAAAAAUGAUAUUUUUGGAA